AUGGGAGGCCGAUGUUGGGAGCCAGAUGCAUGGAAGGUAGAUACAUGUGAGGUAGAUGCAUGGAAGGCUGAUGCAUGGAAAGAAGAUGCAUUGAAGGUAGAUGCAUGGGAGCCAGGUACAUUAAAGGCGGAUGCAUGGGAAGCAGUUGCAUGGGAGGCAGAUGCAGGGAAGGCUGAUGCAGGGAAGGCUGAUGCAGAGAAAGCAGAUGCAUUUGAGCCAGAUGCAAGGGAGCCAGAUGCAUGUGAGACCGAUGUUUGGAAGGCUGAUGCAUGGGAGGCCGAUGUUUGGGAGCCAGAUGCAUGGAAGGUAGAUACAUGUGAGGUAAAUGCAUGGAAGGCUGAUGUAUGGAAGGUAGAUGCAUUGGAGGCAGAUGCAUGGGAUGCAGAUGCAUGGAAUGCAGAUAUUAAAAAUUUACACAAAAAUUCUCUAAACUGUUUUCUAUAUAUGCCAGCAAGUUGCAUAACCACGCAAACGAGUAAAAACAAAACAAAAAUAAUGUCUAAUUCAACCGUGCAGUGCAGAUGCUGUGCAAAUAUUAUGCAAGAACAGAAAAAUUAUUCACAUGGACGUGAAUCUUGUUUUGCACUAUCAAAUGUGCUGUGGAAUGAUUACCAGUUGCAGUGGGAUCCAAGCGAGUACGGAGCCAUCAACGUCAUCAGGAUGCUCUCGCACAAAGUUUGGAAACCAGACAUCGUCCUUUUCAAUAAGUGA